UUACUAUGUUAGUACCACUUACCUGCUCUCAACUGGCAUUCUGAACGUGGAGCGCAUAAUUAAAUUGCUUGUCAUGAAUCAAUCCGCUAUGACUAUUCGUUUUGAUUAACAUAGUGAUAGGUUUAUGGCGCUCAAGUCCCUUCAAAGCUAUGCUCCCUUAUUCCUUUGGCAACAAGCCUAUUCUCCCACUUCUUGCAUCCCCAUUUCGCUCACAGUGAUCGACCACUCGCCGUGAUGAGUGAAGACAAUAGGCCAGAUCCUCCGGAAACGUGCGAAGCAACCAUUCGUGAAAGCUCAACUGCUAGGUUCCGGAUUCUGAAUGUGGCUGAUGUUGUGCAGAAGCGCUCCAAGCGUUCCCGCGACCGCACUCCUGCGACUCAGAGUGUCAACCUUCAACCUGGUGUUUCCUCGAAUCAGACUAUUGCGAGGCGCCCAGGAUACUUCACAACUGGCACAUUCUCCCAUGUUAGUCGCGCAGAGGAAACUUCUGGUCCCAAAUCAGUUGAUGCUGAACUUCAGGGUGCCCACGAGGCUUCAGAACACAUGAAAACACUCUGGAGACCUGCGCACUUUGUGAUAUCCGCCGUCAACAAUGCCGCAGACGAUUUUCAGACCAAUUACCUCCAACCCCUGAAACUUUUCGACGCUGCAAUUGAAAAUAUUGCAAAUGUGCAUCCAUACGCAAAGAUGGCGUUGGGCGUACUAUCUGCUGCAGCCAAAAUAAUUCUUUCUCAAGCAGAGCGCGACGAAUCAGUAGAUCGCCUUCUCCAAAAAUUAGAUGAAGUUUAUGGCUUUAUCACUCAAGACGAUAAUCUUUCCAAGGUUGAAUCGAUGCAUGAUAUCAUCGGAAAGAUUGCUCAACAAACUCUCGAGUGUGCCCGUUUCAUCAGGGAGUACUCAGACGAAGAGCUUCUGGAGGAGAGUUGGUAA